UACAAACUCUCUAUUUUACCGUUUUAAUACAAACAGUUUUAAUAUGUUUGCACAAGAGACUCUGGUUUGCACCUAAAACAACACACAACAACAAUUUCAAAAGCAACCUUCCCGUUUUAAAUGUUAAUCGACACGGAUACGUACAUGCGUUAUUGCGUUGUUCCACGGCCUACGGUUGUUCUAAUGGUAAACUGUGACACACUGUACCACACAUUAAAGACUGACAGUAGUGUAAGAAGACUUGCAGAAAUGUUUCAUGUCUGCCUACGCCAGAACGUUAAUGCACCUGUAACUAAAAAUAAAAUUUCUGAAUGUUCUUUUUGUACUACCAAAUGGAACGAGAAAAUAGAAUGACAAAAUGUCCCAUCUUCCCUACCAUGCUCUUAUCCACAUUGGAAACGUUAACAUGAACUAAAAUGACUCGAUUAUUUCUUGGUCAUGUAUCAUUAUAAUUUUAAUUGGAGCAAGUUUAUGUAUUGUUAUUCAACUACACAAUCUGUAAAGUUAUGUAAACGCAGUGUAGGAAAUAGACUGCUGCUAUUCCUAUCGUAUUCGCCUACACAUUUUGCAGUUAAAACAGCAUCAUAAUGUGUGGUAGGCCUUAUAUACCUGUAGGCUAUAUGUAAGAUUACGGAGCUUUUAUGAUGGGUCACUAUAGUUAUAGAACAAGAAAAUAACUAUAAGAAUACAUAGAGAGUCUUGUAGCUUAGUUACACGUAAUCUGAUUUUUAUAUCUAGAAGUAGCCUAUCAGCCUAUCAGCCUAUAGGAUUGACAUAUAUACAUGUCUCGUAUAAAAAGAUACGUCCCGUUGUUGUUUGUUUCAUUCUAAUAUUCCUUUGCUGCUCCAUACCACAUUUACACCUUAAAAGUAACAUGGUGGUUGACAAAAACAAGUGUAGAACGAGAAUUACCGUACAGUUUAAACAAAUGCAGAAUUGACAUGCUGGUUUAAAAUGCCAACGUUGUCUACAUAGAUUUAACUUUCAAUACCUUCUUGAGCUGCUGUUUCCCAUUACUUAAGACAAAAUGCGCUGGCUUUUAAACCCAUCUGUGAUUGUUGCGCUGCUGCACAUGAUACAAUAUUCGAGUUCCCAAGAUAAUUGGUGCAACAAAACAUUGGGUCGUCAGUUUGAGACCGUGCAUUUCCACUGGUACAAAAAUUACUCCACUGAAAACUGUACGUGGACCUUUACCCCGCCGACCCCAGAAGCUACUUGCUUUAUGCUCAGCAUAAAUAGGGUAAAAUUCCGUAACCAAUCACUGGAUUCGAAUCUUCUUUAUGUGCUGCUACCGGACAACGUGAAAAAAAUCAACGACAGCUUUGGGAUUUCAAAUCAUUCGUGUCGUAUCUACAGCAAAUCUGUAGAGUAUGUUUACUCUCCAAAAUCAUGGGCGCCAAGUGAAUGCAACACCACAAUUGUAAUUGAAGAGUGGCCACCUCGAAUUAAAAUGAAAAUUUAUAAUAUGCGAAUGUUACUAAACUACGCAUUUCUUAAUUGCAAAAACACAACCACAACCACAUCAGAAAAUGAGUCAGAUCAAAUGUCAAUCAAAUUUACCAUCACCUUUGCUUGUGCAAUUGCAUUCGGCGCUUUGUUAAUCAUCAGAUUUAUCUAUGACUGUAUUACUUUCGUAAGGAAACGUCAUUCAAACACAACAACUAGCUUAAACCAAGAUGAUGCAGAGCCUGAAGUGAGUUUUAAAUGUCCGAAGCAAGAGGCGGUAUAUGAACUUGCUGACAAAUGUCCUGACGCAGAAUUAGUAGACAACGUGUUAUACCAUCAAUAUGGUGGCGAUCAGGACAUGUAAAACACAUAAACGUCUAAUAUUAUCCUGAGAUUACUUCAAACUGCACUAUAUGCACUAACUUCUGCUACCAGACAUAAUGUAAAUAAAUCUCCAACGGAUCAUCUGGUAUGAACAAACGUAGUGUAUUUCCGACGUUUCGUCUGUCGUCUGAAGUUCACUAUAUUUAUACUUCCUUAUAUAUCGUCGUAUUGAA